AUGGCUCAGCGUGUGACUUCCGAUCUUGUGCUCGUGCUACCUGUAGUGCUGCUGCUGCUGUUGACUCCAUUUAGCUGGAGCUUUAAUGAACUGGGCCCAGGCUGCCACCUCUACCCAAUUAAUAUGACUAUCAGGAGUGACCGGAGUGAGACAUGUCAAGGAGCCCGUGUGGUGCACGCCUGUGUGGGUUACUGUGACUCGAGUGCAUUUCCCUCCCGCUACUCUGUCCUGCUGGCAUCUAACUUCACUCAUAACAUCACCUCUGUUUCACGUUGCUGCACCAUCAGUAAAGCCAUCAAGGUCAAAGUUCAUGUGGAAUGUCCUGAAGGUCAUCGCCAUGACAACAUUGAGAUCCUAACAGCACAGGCCUGCCGUUGUCAUAUGUGUCACAAGGCUCGUUACUAA